AUGCCACCAAAAGCAGACUGGGAUAAAUAUAUUCCUCCAGCAGAGGAAGAUGAGAAGGAUCAAGAAAAGAUUGUUCCGUUAUCAGAAAGCGACAUUCAAGUCUUGAAGACGUACGGAGCAGCACCAUAUGCUUCUUCCAUCAAGGACAUUGAGAAAGACCUCAAGGAUAUUGAAGAAAGGAUUAAGGAAAGCAUAGGUAUCAAAGAGAGUGACACUGGGUUAGCUCCGCCACAUCUUUGGGAUGUCCUAGGCGAUAAGCAGCGAAUGCAAGAAGAACAAUCGUUACAAGUUGCCAGGUGUACCAAGAUUAUUGAACCAUCACAACAAGCAUUGCCCACUUCAGGUUUACAGAAUGCCGACACAAAGACUAAAUACGUUAUAAACAUCAAACAGAUUGCUAAGUUUGUUGUUGGGUUAGGUGAAAGGGUCUCGCCGACAGAUAUUGAGGAGGGAAUGAGAGUUGGUGUAGAUAGACACAAGUAUGAGAUCCAAUUGCCAUUGCCACCAAGGAUUGACCCUUCUGUUACUAUGAUGACGGUUGAGGAAAAACCCGAUGUGACGUAUAGUGAUGUUGGUGGUUGUAAAGAGCAGAUUGAGAAGUUGAGAGAAGUUGUUGAGUUACCUUUAUUGAGUCCCGAAAGAUUUGUCAAGUUGGGUAUUGAUCCUCCAAAAGGUAUAUUGUUAUACGGUCCACCGGGUACCGGUAAGACACUAUGUGCCAGAGCAGUGGCGAACCGUACAGAUGCUACAUUUAUCAGGGUCAUUGGGUCAGAGUUGGUUCAAAAGUAUGUUGGAGAAGGUGCCAGAAUGGUGAGGGAGCUUUUUGAAAUGGCCAGGACCAAAAAGGCGUGUAUUAUAUUUUUUGAUGAAGUUGAUGCUAUUGGAGGGGCUAGAUUUGAUGAUGGUGCAGGUGGUGAUAAUGAAGUUCAGAGAACAAUGUUGGAGUUGAUUACGCAACUAGAUGGGUUUGAUCCAAGAGGAAACAUUAAGGUGAUGUUUGCCACAAAUAGGCCAAACACAUUAGAUCCUGCAUUGUUAAGACCAGGCCGUAUUGAUAGAAAGGUUGAGUUUUCGCUUCCAGACUUGGAAGGACGUGCCAAUAUUUUCAGGAUCCAUGCCAAGACCAUGAGUGUUGAUAGUGACAUUAGGUGGGAGCUUAUAUCGAGAUUGUGUCCCAAUGCCACUGGUGCCGAAUUGCGUUCGGUGUGUACCGAGGCUGGUAUGUUUGCUAUCAGAGCCAGAAGGAAAGUUGCUACAGAAAAGGAUUUUUUGAAAGCAGUCGACAAAGUCAUUAAAGGCAAUUUGAAAUUCAGUUCCACAAGUGAAUAUAUGCAAUAUAAUUAG